UUAUAACCGUUUAUCCCCGUACCCGGUCACUUGACUUUGCUUUAAAGAAAAUAAAGAAAAAUGAAGGUUUUAAUGACAAUUCCCUGACCUCGGUCACUACAACCCUUCCACAUGACGUCACGGGUAGUUUAACUCCCGAAAUAUUUAUUUCACACCACAUACUCAUAAAUCUAACACUUCUAAAUAAUCCUCCGAAGCUUAACUCAGGUUUUUGAUGAUGAUUGUAAAUUAAGAUUUAACUAUGACAGAAAAAGAAAGAUUAUCUUCGUCUUUUUCCAUUGAGAGUCUCCUGUCGACCAGCGAUUCAAAACUGCAGGAACGGCCAAGAAAAAUCUCCAGAUGUGAGGAAACACUUCAUCAUUCUUACAGAGUUAAUGGAGAAUUCAACGAGGACAUCAAAGACGCAGACGAUAUCCCGACGGACACAAAUACUCACUUUGCAAAGGGAAAAGCGUUAAAAUGUAAACAGAAAAAUACACCAUCAGAUGAUACAGAAAGCGAGAAAGGGACUCUAAAUGUGAAACAUAACACAAACAACGAAGAUUCCGGAUGCUUAAAAACUCGAAAGAAAACGAGGACUGUGUUUUCACGCCAUCAGAUUUUCUGCUUAGAGUCUGCUUUCGAUGCCAAGCGAUAUUUGUCAAGCACCGAACGUUCUGAAAUCGCUUCCACGCUCAAUCUAACAGAAACCCAAGUCAAAGUGUGGUUUCAAAACAGACGCAAUAAAUGGAAGUCCCAGCUCGCGGGUGAUCCAAGUAUUCCACCCGAACGCUUCCCCGUGUUGCCUUAUGGCGGAAGGUUUCCGUUUCCGAUUGGAACUCUCGGAACUCCUUUUUAUCCGCCUUUGUUUUAUCUGUGACUCGACGGUGCAUUUUUUGUCCUGUUAAUGGUUGAACAUUUCCAGAUUUUUGAAAAUCCAGUGUUGAACUUUAUGUAAUAAUCUUGA